CGGCCAUAACAUACUGUAGCACCAAAAGACAACGCCGUAGUGGGACAAUCGGCAGCCACGUCCGGAUUUUGACCAUAAAACGGGGCUUGUGUGAAUGGACAAGAUAGUCUUUUACAGUGGUAGCAAGUACUUUCCGGUUCGGAUCACCAUCUGAGUAGCCUUUCCGUGGAGAUAGUAAAAUAUUCGUCUAGCAGCGAGUGACAAGUUCGUACAGCAUAACAAGCAAGUAACUACCACUGUCAUGGAAAUCAACACCGAGCACACACCGGUCAGUGACGUCGGAGACACAGCUAGCUUGAAGGACCAGACAAAUGCCAUAGAUCAGCAGCAAGAAUCUCUCCCCAAAGGUGUCAGCUCGGACGAGACGGUCGUACCAAAUGGAAAAAUGGCUGCCUCAGAAGUAGCCUCGAAUCAAGAUGUGCAGCACCAAAACGGCGUUGAAGAAGAAGAAAUCCCCUCCGAUAAGCGGCAAGAAAGUGACAGUCAAGUGUAUCCGGUAGCAGUUAUGCAUCAUUUGGACAAAGAAGAAAAACAGGUAAAAACAGAGAUGAGAGUUGAAGUUCCUACCAAAGUGGUAGCGUCCGAAGAUAGAGAAGUUUUGCAGAUGUUAAAAACGGCUGAGGAGAGCGACAAUGCCGAAGCGGAAUCCUCCUCAGACCCGUCUACAAAGCAUAGAGAGAAGAUACCCGAAGCCGACGAAAGUGAAGGAAAUACUAAAACACAUGUACAACCUGAAGAAAACGAUGAAAAUCACGAACAAGUUAUGGAGAAUGCGACAACCGAAUCAGACCCAUCUACAUCAGGCUCCCAGUUAAAGUCUCCGGAAGAGCAAGAAAAAGCCAGCGGAAACAAUUUAAUAGUAAGUGAAUCCGAAACUACAGAAAAUGAUAAUGAGGUUAAAGGAGAGUCGGAAGAUAAGACUGAAUGUGGACAAGAGGCACAAGAGGAUGAAGAAGUGGCGAGUUUGGAAACAAUGACAGAAGGCGGUGCACCCGCAGAUGAGAACAGCACUGAAACUGAAAAGGAGGACGCACGGACAUAUCUGAUAAAUCAGGAGGCCGAGAAACAAGUAAUGCACGAGUUAAUAGACGAAACUGUAGUUCUGGAAAAAAACAUUAGUGAACUUCAAACGAAACUGGAACAAACAGAAGCUGAAAAGUCUGAACUUGAAUCAAAGUUCACAAGUUUAACCGAUGAAAUUCAUUCCCAAAAACUGAGAAUAACAGAGCUGGAAGCAGAACUUAAAGAAGCUAAAAUGGGAGAUGGUAACGAGAGAAAGGCGCUUGAAGAAUCCCAACAGAAGGUGAAAGACCUAGAAGAACAACUGAAACGACUGGCAAAAGAUGACGACGUGAAAAACAAAAAGCUCGUGGAGGUAGAAAAAGAUUUCAUUGAGCUAAGGGAAAAGUACAAAUCUCUGGAACAGGAAGUCAAAUCCGGUGAGCAAAACCAAGGACCUAAAUCAAAGACUUGUGUCAUUAUGUGAAUCAGUAACAUUACCAACUACGGAACAGCAAUCUGUGAUAAUAACAACGUGCCUUAUUCGCCUUAGCAAUGGCGACUUUGAUAACAGAUAUAUAAAGUGUUAAAACUCAAAUAUUAUCUUCACGAAGAACUAUUUCUUAACAUGCUAUAGAAAUGUACAUUACAACGAAUUCAAAUCUGGUGUGUUAAUAAUAAAAGAAUAAUUUCUAUAUUUUCUGUGAUAUCAUAAAACAAUCAUUAAUAAACAUUACCAGAGUGAGACGUUGAUCUCAACAUUCAUGCACGAGCACUUAUUAGUCACUGGCAAUUAAAACUUGCAUGAUUUAUAGGUAUCGUUCUUCCUGUAUAUUACGCAAUCAAAACAAAGAUCUGGAUCGCUUUGAAUUAUAUAUGUAUAUGACCGCUUAUGUCCGUAUAUAGGUGUUGAUUCUAGUCUUAAGGAAUGGAACAGGCAAUCUAAUUUCAUUGUUUUACAAUAUAUGGUAGACCACUGCUCACCAGGGCCUCUUUCCGUGAAGACUAUGCACAUACUCUCUUGCUGCUUCCAUCUACAUUUGUACAAUUGUUAUUGAGUGCCUUAUAGAUUUUUUGAAACACUCAGUAUGAGCAGGCGUUAUUUUGAAUCAUCUGGGUAUUUAAUAAUCAUUCCUUAUAAGCAUUGGUGCUAAAACAUCUGCACUGCUCAGAAGCCCACCCUAAAGUUCUUCAUGGUUAGAAGGUAAUGGUGUUUGCUAUAGACAGGACAUGCAAUAGAGGAGUUGACGACCUGAGGUAUCAGGCAAGUGUGCCUAUAUAGAGGCAUCGAAAGGUACACACUACUUGUUUAGUUAUAUCUCGACAAAUAACCGAAUAUCACAUAUAUAUAGCUGUUUCAGUCCCAAUGCCAUUUCAGUGUAACAC